AUGAAGAGUGCAAAUAUUUUGUUAGAUGAUAAUAUGGACACCAAAAUAUGUGAUUUUGGUUUGUCAAGAUUAGAUUCAACAAAUCAGUCAGAUACUGGUGUCGUUACAAAGGUUGCUGGUACAAGGUUUUACAUGGAUCCUGUUUGCAACAAAAAAAGUAGGCUCAUUAAAGAGUCCGACAUAUAUUCAUUUGGAGUGGUAAUGUUUGAAAUGUCUAGUGGGAUGAUGGCUUAUAUUCCAAGUCGCAUUGAAGAUUCUAAGGAACAAUAUCUGAUUGACAUCGUUCGAAGCUACUAUGACGACCAUAAAUUUGUUGACAAGUUAAUAGAUUCAGCUAUCAAAGGGCAGAUUGAUAUGAGUUCUUUUGAUAAAUUUAAUAAAAUUGCACAUGAGUGCAUUAGCUUGGACAUUUCGUUACAGAUGUGGAUAAUGUUCGUUAAAAUCAGAGAUCUUGAAAUUCAGUUGGUCAAUGAAGCUUCCAUUUUCUGGAUAUUGAAGGUGGUGUGGUGGAUGAUGAAGCCUUUUCCUGGUCAAUGCCAAACUUUGAUUGCUUCUCAAAGAUCACAAGGAGGUGGUGUAAGAUUUAGCCGUGACAAACAUUUCUAG